AUGCACAAGCCUCUAGUCGCCACCACUACCACUGCCACUACCGUGCCCUCCUCCGUCACUUCCACGGGCUCUCCUUGCGAUGGCUCGUUGGAGCGCUGCACUGCGCCUACCAUGCUCCAACAGUCGCAGGAAGCCCUCAUCCAUGUGCACACCGCUCCGCGAUCCCCUGGAGUCUCUGUGGAGGUGCAAACCACGGCUCUGUGCUGCGCAGCGGCUGCGGACGCCGCGGUGGCAGAGGCGAUGGUGGAGGUCCAGCGACUGAAGGAGGAGCACGAGAAAGCCGUGCAGCAGGUAGCCGCACUCACGGCGCGGUUGCACGAGUUGGAGGCAGCUUGUGAACAACUCACGGAAGAGAAUAGUGCCUUGAAGGCUGCAUUCUCAGCAGGCAUGGUGAAGACUCACGAGGCCACACGUUCUUCCCCCGCUACAGGCGGCCACAACAACACCUCAAAACCCUUCAGCACAGACACUGAACACAGUGAUGACCAGACAAAGGCGUCAGUAGCGUUGACGACUGAGGCCUCAGCAGUGGGAGACGAAGAUUCAGAGGGAGAGGAUGAGGAGUAUAACAAUGAGGACGUUCAUCAUCAGUCCAAGUCUACCAGUCAUCGCAGCGGUGCUGGAGGCGGAGGUGGUGGCGGAAGUGCAAAUGGUUCGGGAAACUACGCCAUGGGGAGUCAGUGCCUUGACUCGGGCAUGCUUUUGCGUCAGGGUAUCUCCCUUUGGGCGCGAUCCUCUUCCCCCGGUGAUGCUGUAGAGAUCGUGGCCACAGCGACCACCACUGUACCCUCUGCCGCGGCUGCUGCUCCCACACCACCACACCUACCUUCCUCCACAACGGGGGCAGCGAACAAUCGGUCCUACGUGAAUGUGCAGAACUCACGUCCCUCUGCUGCGAGAACACCACUUGGAAAGCAACACCAAUCGCCUGCCUCUGGUGGCAAUACUGGUGCAAGUGGUGGUGGAUCGCAAGAUGUGGAAGGGUCGGAUGACUACACUGCACCCAACGAGACGGGCACCCCGAGUCCUGCGCCAGUUCUGCCUGUAGCAGGUCGAGCCGGCAGUGGUGGGAUGGUGCUGCGCUCAACGCCCGCUCACUUCGCACCUACAGGUGCGCACAGAAGCGGAGAAGCUUUGGUGGAGUACUCGGUACCUCCGCAGACGGGUGGUAGUGGUGGCGGCCACUUGAAAAAGACGCCUCCCAUUGUGCCCACUGCCGCUGCCGUCGCCAUUGCCCCAACGUGGAAGCAUCCGCCUUACGAACGGAUUGUGCGUGGCGUGGAGUGCAUCAUUGUGCGAAUCAGAGCCCUUCUUGAUGCGGCGAACGGGCGGCGGUUACCCGAGCAGGUGCGCUCCGCGCAGCUCAUUCAGGCGGCGGUGCAGGAUCUGGUAGUGCUCUUCCCGCCCAUCAGCAAGUGCCACCUAACCGUGGGCGCGGCGCUCACCUCCCUCAUGGGCAACUCUCAGAAACUGCGCCUCCACUGUGAGGCCGCCGCUGCGACUGCGAGCACUGAACCCUCCGGUGGUGGUGUUGGUAGCAGUAACAGCAGUCAACUGAUCACCUUUGCACACGAAAUCGCCAGUGCCGCCAAAACCAUUCUCAACUUUUUCCAGGCGGAACGCCACUAA